AUAGUUUCACGGCCCACACGUCAGUGUGAGCACGGCCGCCACCUUUGCCGGUUGCUCCUCGCCGCCGUUCAAAAUUUGAAUCCCCACGAACGACGAACGGCUUCCUCCACGUCCCGUCGUGGCCGAAAAGGACAACGGCUAUCUCCUCCACUACCCCCACUACUUCACUGAUUGCUGCUCCUCCCAUCUUGUCGCGUCGCCUUCCUCUCCCAGUCCCAUUACCCAACACAGCCAAGCGGAAGGUUCUGUCGAGCGAGGAACAGGCAGUUGCAUUGUGGGUUUGUCAAUGGGGGCGUCGGGGAAGUGGAUCAAGUCGCUGGUGGGCCAGAAGGCGCCGUCGGUGGACAAGGCGGGGAGCAAGGGGCGCAAGUGGAGCCGGCUGUUUCGGAGCUCGACAUCCGCGUCCAGGGCCGGGGCGCCGGCGUCCGAGGCGUCGUCGGUGUCAGCCGACGCGUUCAGCUCUGUGGUCGCGGCCGUGGUCCGCGCGCGGCCCAGGGACUUCCACCUUAUCAGGAAGGAGUGGGCCGCCGUCCGCAUCCAGACUGCCUUCCGCGCACUCUUGGCGAGGCGGGCGUUGAAGGCGCUGAGGGGCAUCGUGAGGCUGCAGGCGCUGGUGCGCGGCCGGCUCGUGCGGAGGCAGCUGGCCGUCACGGUCAAGUGCAUGCACGCGCUGCUGCGGGUGCAGGAACGCGCGCGUGAGCGGCGGGCGCGCUCCUCUGCCGACGGCCGCGGCUCCGAGGACGCGCUCGCCGCGCGCAACGACCGUGCCAGUUCUACCAACGGCGCUGAGGAGCAAUGGUGUGACCAUCAAGGUUCUGUUGAUGAAGUAAGAUCAAAGUUACUCACGAAGCAUGAUGGUGCAGCAAAGAGAGAAAGGGCAAUUGCAUAUGCUCUUUCUCACCAGCCUCGGGGUUCAAAACACAGCGGAAAACCAAGCUCUCCUGCUAGCUGUGUUAGAAGCCAUGAGCCUAAUAGGUGCAAUCACAACUUGAGUUAUUUAGAAGGAUGGAUGGCAACAAAACCUUGGGAGACCAAGCUUAUGGAGCGAAAUCAGACCGACUCGCAGUUUGCAAAGAACCGUGAGGAGCUGAACUCGGCUGUCUCCAAGCUUCCUGAUGCUAGCUCAGUUAAAAUCAGAAGAAACAAUGUUACAACCAGGGUUGCAGCAAAGCCUCCUUCAGUGCUGUCAGCAGCUUGUUCUGACUUCGUGUGCGACGAGAGCUCUCAGUCCACAUCCUCUUUGAAUCUGGCAUCUGCUGCCAACAUCUUGGCAUCAGAAGCAAGAUCAGACUGUGGUGAUGUUGGAGGACCAAACUACAUGAACCUGACCAAGUCUGCCAAAGCAAGGUUGAAUGGUUGCAGCAGUCACAGAGGGUCAUUCCAAAUUCAGCGACAACGAUCUGGCGACAUGCGAAGGAUGGCACUCUCUUCAAUAGACACCCAAAGCAACGCUGGCUCGGAAAUUUCAGUGACCUCAAAGAGAUCGAACAGCAUGUCCUUGAAAGGUCGGAGCAUGACAAGAAGCUUGGACAAGGAGAAUGAUGAGUAAUCCUGGCUCCUUGAUCUUGGGACAAACUAAUCUGCACCAUAUAUAUUUCUUCCAAUCUUCCUGGUUUAGUGUUAGUUUUACACAUCCAAUCGAUGUUCAAUUCCUAAUUUGCUUCUUUUGAUAAAUUAUGUAUUUAGCAUCCAAAAAGGAGACAUGUGAAAGUUAAAUCAAUUAUUUAUCUCUACCUGCUGUCUACUUGUAAAAAGCUUGUGUUCUAAUUAGAGUCGUGCUGG